AUGCAGCCCUUCCAAGAGAAACGCGACAAGCUCAGCACCCUCAAGGGCACAAAUUACUUCAAGCUUCUGGACGAGAUCCGCCAGGACGACAAAUGGUACAAGAAACUGCGGGACGUAGUGGCAGGCAACCUUAGCGACAGCCACAGCGACAGCAAACUCGACCGCAUCUGCACGGUCCCGGCGGAGCAUCUCAGCCCCCUGAAGCACAUCCUCGACCCGGCGGUGCUAUCCAGCGUGGUCCCCUACGAAUACGGCGGUCGGCCCGUGGAUGUCGAGAUCGCGGGCUGGGCGGUCUUCGAGGCGACGGGGCUCGCCAUCGCGGGUCGAGUGUACGGGAUCCCCGGCGUCUGGGGCACCGACCAGGACUUUCUGCCCGACGGGCGCCGGUGCUGGACCGUGAUGGUGUUCCAGGGCACCAAGCUGGACCUGGAGCAACUCCCAGAAGUACUGCGUGAGGCAGAUUGGUUUAUCAUCCCUAAAGGUGAGUCAACUCCCGAGACUUGCAUAAUGGGUGGAAAUGUGGGAGCGCAAGCUGACAGUAAUCAGACCACCAACGACCAAAACACUUUUCCCAAGAAGAAUCCUGAUGAUACCGGGGCAGAGCGCACUCUUGUGAUCAGGUCGGGCAAGAAAUAUUUGCCGAUUCGUACGAAAUCCUCACCAAAAUAG